AUGUUGUUCGGACCGAACUUACAGAGAUCAUACAAGUACAUGAGUUUCGCUUCAAAGAUGCCAUCGUUACGGAUGGAUCAGAUCGAUUUGAAAUGCAAAAACGGCUGCGACUACUAUGGGAAUCCGCAAUGGCAAGGAUACUGCUCCAAGUGCCAUAGAGAGCAGAUGACAAGGCAGCGCAGAGCUGAAAAAGCUUCAUCAAACCCUUCGGCCACAUUGCCAAAGCCAGAGCCGAAGAAGCCAGAACGCGGUGUAAAACAGGUGUCGCACUCUUCGUUCUCUAAGUUUGAGGAGAAACGUCUGCGACAGAGCGAAACCUCGAAGAAGGCCAACCUCCUUAAGUUUAGUGUGUUCAAGAAAAGUAGCACAGAGGAGCAUGAGCAUUCAGAGAAGCGUGCGCACGAGUUCAAGAUUCCCGCUAUGGUGAACGAGGGUAUGAAGCGUGAUUUCCGCACGCGGUUCCCCGCCCUGCCCGCGCACGUGGACCGCGACUCGCGCGCAUUCGUACACUCCUUCAUAAUGGACGUGAUCAAGUGCGCCAACGUGAUGACCGUUGAUGAACUCUCCGAGAGAGUGCAGAGACAGUACCAGCGGUUCAUGAAGCAUAUGGAUACGUCGCAACACUUCGUCGGAGUAGACUCUGACACCAAGGAGCUGCUCAUGGAUUUCGUGGAGAAGCACGCCAUGACAUACCUGCACGAAUUGCCGUCGGUGGUGUUCUCCCCGAACGGUACAGACGACGAGCGCGCCGACCGCGCCAUGUCCGAGCGCAUCCAGCAGCUGAGCUGGGUCGGCGAGCGGCACCUCGAGUGCAAGCUGGACCGGAACCAGCACGCCUGCCGACAGCUGGUCUACAAGGCCAUCAGCGAGUUGCUGGGCAUGGACAGCGCGGCGUCGCCGGGCGGCAAGUUGGCGCGCGUGCGGCGCUGCUGCCGGCACGUGCUGGCGCUGUGCGGCGCGCCCGCCUCCGCCGACGACCUGCUGCCCGCGCUCAUAUUCACCGUUUUAAAAGCUAAUCCGCCUCGUCUAGUGAGCAACAUCAAUUUUGUGACGCGCUUCUGUAACGCCCAGCGCCUGAUGACCGGCGAGGGAGGCUACUACUUUACAAACUUGUGUUGUGCAGUAUCUUUUAUCGAAAAUUUGACCGCCGAGUCGUUGAAUAUGGACAAAAAAGAAUUUGACUGCUACAUGUCUAUGCCCGCUUCUAUCGGUGGCAGCGCUUGGGCUGCAGCGUUGUCUCUGUGCGGGGCGACUCGUGAGGCAGAGGAGCAGCGUGAGGCCGCGCUACGUGUGCUGCAAGACGCGCGGGAGGUACAGGCGCGCGCACAAGCGCUGCACACCGACGCGCUGGCAUUCCAGGAGCAAAUUGCGAAGAAAGUCGAGGAUGUUUUAGCGAAGACCCCAUUAGAAAUCAAACCCAGAAGAGAAAUACCGAGGCUGCGUAGAUCCAAAACGGCGGACGCGAGCCCGCUCAUUGACCUUGAACCGAUCCCAACUCACAACCCGCCCAGAUCGCUCGCCACAGACACCUCUGAGCCACCACCUCCUCUCCUGAACUUUGAUGUUGUGUCUGCAGACAACCCGCAAAUUAGCCGAACUAUUGUCGAAAACCAAGUGCCGACCGAAGAAAAAGAUUCCAUUGAAGACCAAAUACAUGAAACAGACAGUGGGGAGAUAUGUUCAAAAACGUGCGAACCUCCGGUCGCCGCGCAGCCGACUGAACCGAAAUUGAAUAUUCUAGGCUUCGAGGUCAUAGAAAAACCAUCUACUUCGGUGCCGCCAAGGAAUCUCGAGCAAACGUUUGAAUUGAAACAGGCGAGCUCAUUGGAACUGCUCACGCCGUCUCCGCUCGGUUUUACCCCGUUCGAUUCGAGAUCGAUCGAUGAACUGAUGACGCCGGAUGAAUUCGGCUCCGACAGCUUAGCGCCGGGCUUGAGCAACAUAAACUAUGACAUAGAUUUGUCCGAUUUGAGCGGUGACAAUAGUGUCGCCGAGGAUGCGCCUAAGGAAGCCAAGGAUCCUUUCAGUCCCGAUGGUCUGAAGACAACGUUCGAUCCGUUCGCGCCGCAAACUAGCGCGGUCGCAUACAAGGAAGUGUUAGAUAAAUUCGACGAGUUUACUCUGACGGAUACCAAACCGAAUCAGUCAUUUGAUCCUUUCGAUGUGAUUCAUAGAAGUGACCCGUUCAGUCCAGUUCUUACGGUGAACAUGGAACACAAGCCAAAUGAUCCAUUCAGUCCAGAACAGAGAGAAGCUUCCUCGAUUCUUGAUGAUAGUGAUUCACCCACAAGCGCAUGUCUGUUGCCGUCGCCCUUGCAACCUCAGACUAGCAAUAAACCCUAG